AGCCAGAGAGCCGUGGGCGACAUUGACAUUUUACGAAUUUCAUCACUCGCGGUAACGGUAACCACGGGAGGAUUCUCCUUGCCCAGGUUGCAGGAUCUCUGGGACCCGCUUGCCCAGCCCGCUUUCACUUCCCGUUUCGCUCACCACUGCAUGCAGCGUCUGAAGUCCGCAACGCCAUGCCGCACUGCCGAAAGCCAUGGGUUCGGAGCCACGCCUGCCUUCCUUGCUGGAGAAGAGUCGCCAAGCUGGCCCACGGGGGGGUAGGAGGAGCCUGCGGCAACUGUCUUGCCAAUACCGUGGGCACGAGCAACCCAGUCCUCGAACCCUUGUCGAGGGUCGAGGGGCCUUUCCCUCUGUCUCCAGCUCUGACUUCGACCGGGUCAGCAGCCUGUGUUGGUGGUAUCCGGAGUCUGGCCGACAGAAGGCCCGGCUGUUUUGUAUGUAUGUACCUUAUGUACUUGCAGCUUUGAGCCGGCAGACAGAGUCCAACAUCCAAUCCCGUCUCCCUCGCAGCUCACACAUACCCAACAUUGUCGCCUCUCAGCCCUCCUGUUCCUUCCAGACCCCCCCUCCUCCCCUCUCCCCUCCGGCUCGUACAACCCAGGCAAACUGCCCCCCGACGCACAGCAACCCGGUCAGUGUCUGUACACAGUACGUUGCUGGCUGCACCCUGUCAACCCGGACCCCCUGUUUCCCCGGGGCACACUGAGACCACCAACAGAUCGCUUGCGCAUCUCGCAGCUCUUGCUCAAUUAUCCGGGGAUCGGUACCCUUCUCCUUCUUGGCCUUGGCAGUAGGCUUGUCUACACGGGGUGGCCCUGAGUCGACUGCGCCGCCUGAGUACUGCGCACG